AUGAUUCCAGAAUUGGCUUUACCGUCAAUUCGAGCACGAAUAGAGCAAAUCGAUGAACUAACUGUCAAAAUUGGUGAUGAACCAGACGCCCGUCUGGUGCAUGAAAUGGUCGUGUUUGGUCACGAACUGGCCGAUUUGAUCGUUUGCAGUGCGUCUGCUGCGUACACAGUCUCGAUCCAACACUACGAACGUUUGUUUCUUCAUCGUUUCAGUAUUCGGUUCGCCUUGCUUUCGUUAGAAAGUUUAUCCCUAUCAACGGAUCGUCUUCUUCAUUAA